CCGCUGCGGGUCGGCCGGCCGGGGGCGGCGGGGGCAGGGAGCCGCCGAGCGCAAAUUCCUCCGCGCGGCGCGCCAUUGACUGGACCGAGCAACUUAUUUAAGGCAGGAAAGUGACACAGGGGCUUCUCGUCUCCGCUCGCCGCCUUCCGCGGGCAGCGCGGCCGCACCGAGGCGAGCGGCGCGGCGUGGGGAUGCCGCCGGGGUGUGCGCCUGCCGCAGCCGGGCCGCUGUGCGGGGAGAGAGCCGCGUCCCGCUGAUAGCACCGCCGGUGCGCCGCGGGAAGGAACUUCUGGGGUGGUUUUUUGUUUUCAUUUUUUUGAAUUUUUUUUUUUCUUUGGCUUUAGUUUUUUUUUGUGUGUUUUUUUUUUUUUUUUUUUUUUUCCCUUUUCCUACUGCGGGCAAUAUUUUCAUAGAGAGCUCCCCGACCUACGCCGGGCCGCCGGGCACCGGCCGAGCAUGGAGAAGUACGAGGAGAACAUGGCACUGAAGGCCACCAAGUUCAUGGAGGAUCUAUCCCUCUACGAACCCUGUCCGGACGCUCCUUACGGCCGUGGCGGCCGCCGGGAUCUAACGCUGCACGCCGACCUGGAGGAGACCAAGCGGGUCAUCGCCGCCCACAUGACGGCGGAGCAGCGGGGCCGGAAGAUGAACGGCACCGCCGCGCCGCCGCCGCCCGCCGAAGCCUUCCCCGCCGCCGCCCCCUGCGGCAAAGCCGCCCCGCUCCGCGCCGCCAACGGGCGCCCCGCCGCCGAGCCGCCGUGCUGCGAGGAGGGGCUGUGCACCCGCUCCGAGGUGGCGCUGCCCUGCUACAGCGGCUUCCCCGACAAGGGCAAGCGCUACUCGGCCGAGGGCUACCGCUACGCCGCGGGCAGCGCCUACGAGGGCGGCUACGUGGCCAAGGGCGGCGGGCGGGCUCCCGGCGGCCCGGACGCCAAGUACGGCAACGCCAGCCCCCGGGCCAGCCUGGCCGCCCCGCCGGGCCCGGGCCCCGGCGCCGAGCACGGCAAGUUCUCCAGCCCGCGCUCCAGCCUGGGCGGUGCGGCCGCGCCGCCCUACGAGAAGUUCUCCAGCCCCCGCUCCAGCCUGGUGGUGCCCGGCCAGGAGAAGUACGGCAGCCCCCGCGGCAGCCUGGUGCAGUACGACGGGGCCGCUCUCAGCCCUCGCUCCAGCUACGCCAGCACGGCCAGCGACACCAGCAAGCACUCCAGCCCCCGCGCCAGCCUCACAAGCUACGACGGCGGCAGCAAACCCAGCAGCAACCGCACCAGCGGCAUCAGCAUGGGCUACGACCAGCGGCACGCCAGCCCCCGCUCCAGCACCGCCAGCCAGUACUCGUGCACCACCAGCCCGCGCUCCAGCUACUCGGACUCUAGGUACGGGCCGCCGGGCGGCGCCGAGCUGGACGGGGCGGCCGCCGCCGGGCUCGCCGUGGCCAGCCCUCGCUCCAGCCUCUGCAGCCCCGAGGGCCGCGGCGGGCCGGGCGCCGCCGUGGUCAGCCCCCGCUCCAGCAUCUCCAGCCAGAGCUCGCGGAGCUCCCGCGGCUCCAUGAGCGCCUACCCCGAGCUGCAGCUGCCCUCUCCCCGCUCUUCCCUGCUGGGGCCCGGCCAGCAGGAGGACUGCGCCGCGCCCGACCUGGGGGACGUCUACCGCAAGGUCCGUGCCCAGUCUCCGCCGCGGCACGACCCGCAGCACCCGGCGGCCGCCGGGCCCGACGCCGCGCCCCCCUACGCCUACAGCCCCACCAAGGGCUCCGCUUCGGCGCCCAAGUUCAAGCUGCCGUACCAGGUGACGCCGUGCCGGGACAGCGGCCCCAGCCAGGCGGAAAGGCGGCUGGAGGCGCUGACGCUGGAGCUGGAGAAGGAGCUGGAGAUGCACAUGAAGAAGGAGUACUUCGGUAUUUGUAUAAAAUGUGGAAAAGGUGUGUAUGGAGCGAGCCAGGCUUGCCAAGCAAUGGGUAACCUCUAUCAUACCAACUGCUUCACAUGUUGCUCUUGUGGGAGAAGACUACGAGGAAAAGCAUUCUACAAUGUCAAUGGCAAGGUGUACUGUGAAGAAGACUUCCUAUAUUCGGGUUUCCAGCAAACAGCAGAUAAGUGCUUUGUUUGUGGACACCUCAUAAUGGAAAUGAUCUUACAGGCCCUUGGAAAGUCAUACCACCCUGGCUGCUUCCGCUGCGUGGUAUGUAAUGAGUGUUUGGAUGGAGUCCCCUUCACUGUAGAUGUGGAGAACAAUAUUUACUGUGUCAAAGACUACCAUACGGUUUUUGCACCAAAAUGCGCUUCCUGUAACCAGCCGAUUCUACCAGCACAGGGAUCUGAAGAAACCAUCAGAGUAGUGUCAAUGGACAAAGACUACCAUGUGGAAUGUUAUCACUGUGAGGAUUGUGGCUUGCAGCUCAAUGAUGAGGAAGGCCAUCGUUGUUACCCAUUAGAGGGCCACUUGCUCUGUCACGGCUGUCAUAUCAGGCGCCUUAAUAUUAAAUUGCCAUCGCAUCCACCACCAAGCUAUCCAAUGCACGUCACAGAACUCUGAAAGACAUUUCCAUUGCCAGUAAGCCGUUUAAAAGAGAAGACAAAUUUAAAAGUGACUUUCCUGUUCCUUUAAAGAUGAUAUUCCAGUAAUAACCAUCUAAACCAGCUAUUUAUUUUUUAAAUCAGAGGUAAGGGGUUCUUUCUAAUCUUGUAUAUAUGCGUUCUUUUAUUUAGACAUUUUCACUGAGGCACCGUCUACUUGAACAAAUAAUGCGCCAUGAAGUCAUAACUGUAAGUGGCAGCAUUUUUAAAAACAGUGGUACAAAGGGCUGUUCUGCACUCCUUGCUCACAUUUCUUCAGUGGAGGUUUUGGCCAAGUAAGGAGUACAGAAUAAAUUUCCAAAAUUUAGCACCUUUAUCACAUUGCAGCAGGCAUGGUAAGAUAAAUGCCAGCAUUUUCACUAGUUUCCUUGAAAUCUGGUCUUAGAGAAUACAAGUCUCACAUUUUAAAAAACUUACGUUCCCAGAAUUAGUGAAUAGGAAACAAACGAGUGUCUUUAGCAAUGACAGCUUUCAGCACGGGUUAGAUAAUGGCAUUCUGUGAAGACAUAUCAGGACAACUUUUCAACCCACGUGGUUCCACAGUGGUCUAAAGACUAACUUUGUUAAAGAAAAAUGUCAAGGGUCUCAUAAAAAACACAUUACAGAAGAGUAUAUCCAAAAGAGCAGUACAUGCAGGGUUGUAACAAUUGAAGGAAGGUACUGAGCUCUGUAAUUGCUUGUUAUGUACAAGUGUAGCCAUAGCUUCAAAAUGCAUUCAUACGACAUUGAUGAUUUGGCACUUAGUAAACAAUUCAUCUUUAAUUUUUUUUGUUUGUUUAAUAGAGUUAGCAGCCCUUUCUAUGCAAAGGUAAACUUGUCUUUAUACUACCUGUUUAUGCAGGUUCAUUUGUUACCAACAACUGCUUUAAGAUUGUAUGUUGAGACAUUAUUAAAAUGGAAGGGCUGCGGUUUUUGUAUUAUCUUUUCAGCUUUCUGUUCUUUUCUAGAUGUACUUUUCAACAGAUUAUGGUGGUUAUCUUCAUUGGAAAAACAAAACACAGUUUAGCAGAAAUAAUAAUUUAGAGUCAGACAAUUGAAACAUUGAUAUUUUAUAACAAGUAUUAGACGUACAUAGAAUGUACACACUUUCAUGUUUUGCAUAAGCUGUUACAGUAACCUCAGAGCUCUGGGGAAAUGUAUGUCUUCCAUAUAGGAAGUUCGAUGAAUCUUUUUUUAUGGUUUUUCUACCAUGUGUUGAUGAUUUACAUGCAAAUCACACAUCUGUAUGUUUAAAAAAUUCCUUGCAUUCUCAUGAGAAUUUAUCCAGCCUUCCUGAAUUUGUAUUUUAAAUAAAUCCAUCAUUGCUGUCUUUGUAUCCAAAAUUACAAUAAAAUAAAACUCUUCUGCUCCAGAGAAAGCGGAAAUACCAGACCAGAUUCUCGGCAUGUGUAAAUUGGGACACUUCAGUGCGAGUUCUCAACAUGUCAAGAAUCUAACCAGUCCGUUCAGAAAUUAUCACGUUAAAUUCAGCAUGCAGACUGAUGAAAUGACUUAUUUGGUAACACUAUUGCAGUUUAGUUUCUUAUGCUCUACUGAUUUUUUGAAAGCCAUUUGUGGUGCUCUUGAAAAAAGUACAAAGGGCAUCCAAUGGACACUAAUUCCUAAGUGGAAUAAUUAACUCCGUUAACAGAAUUUUUUGACAGUCUGGAAUUUCCUUGGGGAGGUGGGGAAGAGCAAGGAGGCAGGAAAAAUUCUUGUGAACUAUUUUUUUUCUGUUAGUAAGGAACAAAAGCUACGUUUUCCGAACUUCUACCAAACUUCCUCUGGCCUAGAUGAACCUGUUCUAUUGAAUGCUCUUUGGCAAGUCAGAUACUCCUUUAAAAAGUAAUUUUCUAAUUAAUAAACAAGUUAGUGUGAGAGCUGUGUUUUGUAGGAAUUACUGUAUAACUAGUGUCCUGUUUCUGCAGCGUGAGCUAGGAAUCUUCCUUUGCAGAAGGCUAGGCAUUGGCUGCAUGCACACAUGUCUUUACAAGCAUUACCUCUGGUGCCCAUAGUCACCAAACCAGCCUCAGGAGGGAAGCAGAAGUACAGGUGCCUCUUGCCCAAACAGCAAAUUCUGGAAAAAGAAAAAAUUGUCUUUGGUUGGGUUAUAUAACUAGGUGAAUUCCAUUAAGGUUACUACAAAGAGAAGGAAAUGGAAGAUAGAGCUUCGGGAUAAACUUUUAGCCUGAGCUGCAAUGUAAUACUUUUCCAUGUAAGGAAGCUGCUUUGGCCCACAUCUAUCUUUGAGGUAUUUCUAAUUGCUUGUCUUUACAAUUACAUACUAAAGAAUUCAAAUUAAGAAAACAAUCAUUAAAAUACACAGAGAAUGUUUGAGUCUGUUCCUGUGAGCAAGUCAUCCAAUAGCAGUACAUGCUGUACACUGAUGCAAAACAUUAAAAACCACUGUGGCCAGAGGUGGAGGUGACUCUGGCAUUUAGUCUGCCUUCUGCCAGCACCUUCCUCAGCACUUCCACCUCCAGUUAGCAGCAAGGUUAAGUUUCCAGCUCAGCAUUACUUUUCAAGGGUCAACAUAUUAUCUAACAUGUACGUGUGUUACCUUUUUUUUUUUUUUUAAAGAUCAUACUUU